AUGGCAUUGACGCGUUUUAGCCCUUUACCUCCAAAUUUUAAGAUAGACACAUAUUUAGCAAUAUUCGGUUGCAUUUCAUUUUCUUUAAUAUACGUCGGAGCUUUGUAUAUUUCAAAGAAGACAAGAAUUGGUACUGAAAACCCGGGUCUAACAAAAGAUCAUCCGGAAGUCAUUAUACAGCGUAUAAAGGUCACCGCUGCAACAUGUAUAAUCUCUUAUACUUCGGUUCUGACGAUCAUAAAUUUAGGCGGCGGUUUCAAAAAUGUGGAUGAUAACGAAGACAUGGAUUUAUUCACAAAGAUCAAAACAACUUCUAUCCUAUUAGGACUUUGGCUUCCAUUCAACCUAUAUUAUCUGUUCAACGUCCUAUUUGUUCCAUUGCUUCUCACAAUGAUUUUGUUCUUGGGUCCCUUAUAUGUCAGAUAUUUGGAUCAAGAGUUGCCGUUUCAAGAACGGUUUAGUUUUAUAAGUGAAUUUGGUUAUGCGUUUACAACUCUGAAAGGAUUUAGGAAUCUGAUUUUUGCUCCAUUUACUGAAGAAUUUGUAUUUAGAUCUUGCAUGGUCCCAUUGCUCUAUUAUGCCAAAGUCAAUUACCAAUCAAUAAUAUGGCUGACGCCUCUGGUUUUUGCAUUCGCUCAUAUACAUCACGCUUGGGAGUAUUAUGUUGGAAAUGGAAGGACUUUUAUUGCUGCCAAGCAAGGAAUCCUGAAUUCUGCAUUUCAAUUUGCAUAUACAACAAUCUUUGGUUGUUUCGCUACAUUUGUGUUUAUGCGCACUGGGAAUUUCUUCCCACCAUUCAUUAUACACAGCUUUGGAAAUUAUCAGGGGUUCCCAAUAGUUAACUUUGCGGCAUACCCCAAGAAGCAACGUUCAUGGCUGUUAGGAUUUGGAUCCUUACUAUUUCCAAUGACUUCUCCCGGCUUAUAUGGAGAAACCACGCUAUACUGGGGGUAA